AUGCCGAUGCUCAAGGAUCCCUCGACAAAAUACAAGCCCUUCCCUCCCCUCAACCUCCCUGACCGCCAAUGGCCCUCAAAGACCAUCACAAAAGCCCCAAGAUGGCUGUCGACGGAUUUGCGUGAUGGCAACCAAAGCUUGAACGGUGACGAGAAAUGGCGCUACUUCAAGAUGCUUUGCGAGUUGGGUUACAAGGAAAUCGAGGUUUCCUUCCCCUCGGCCUCGCAAACCGACUUCGACUUCACCCGCCGCCUCAUUGAGACCCCCGGCGCCGUCCCCGACGACGUAUACCUUCAAGUUCUCUCCCCAUGCCGCGAGGACCUCAUCAAGAGGACAGUAGAGGCCAUGAAGGGUGCCAAGAACGCCAUCAUCCACAUCUACCUCGCCACGAGCGAGUGCUUCCGCAGGGUAGUCUUUGGCUUCACCGAGGACGAGAGCGUUGAGCUCGCCGUCCGUUGCGCCAAGCUCGUCCGCUCCUUGACUAAGGACGACCCAUCCCAGUCCGGAACCAACUGGCAGUUCGAGUUCUCUCCUGAGACCUUCUCCGAUACCUCUCCAGAGUUCGUCGUCCGCAUCUGCGAGGCCGUCAAGGCCGCCUGGGAGCCCACCGCCGAGGUCCCUAUCAUCUUCAACUUGCCCGCCACCGUCGAAAUGUCCACCCCCAACGUCUACGCCGACCAGAUCGAGUACUUCUGCAGAAACGUUACGGAGCGUGAGAAGAUCGCCGUUUCCCUGCACCCUCACAACGACCGUGGCUGCGCUGUUGCCGCCGCUGAACUCGCGCAGAUGGCUGGUGCUGACAGAGUCGAGGGCUGCCUCUUCGGCAACGGUGAGCGUACGGGUAACGUCGACCUCGUCACCCUCGGCCUGAACCUGUACACUCAAGGCGUCCACCCGAACGUGGACUUCUCCGACAUCAACCGCGUUAUCGACAUGGUUGAGGUCUGCAACAAGAUCCCCGUACACCCGCGUGCUCCCUACGGCGGAUCCCUCGUCGUCUGUGCCUUCUCGGGCUCCCACCAAGACGCCAUCAAGAAGGGCUUCCAGGUCCGCGAUCAGGAGGGCAAGAAGAACGAGGACCGCUGGCAGAUCCCCUACCUGCCCCUCGACCCCACCGACAUUGGCCGCACGUACGAGGCCAUCAUCCGUGUCAACUCCCAGAGCGGCAAGGGCGGCGCCGCCUGGAUCAUCUUGCGCAAACUGCAGCUCGACCUCCCCCGUGGUCUGCAGGUGGCCUUCUCCAAGGUCGUGCAAGACAAGGCUGACCAGCUCGGCCGCGAGCUGCUGUCAGACGAGAUCACCGAUCUGUUUGAGCAGACGUACUACCUCCGGGAGAACCCCCGCUUCACUAUUGUGGACUACAGCAUCACUCCCGAUCGCUCGCAGAGCCCCGCGCCCCCCGCGCCUGGCAAGACGCAAGACACCAAGAACCUCAAGAGAGUGUUCGAGGGAGUCGUCGCCAUCGACGGAAAGGAAUACAAGCUGCGCGGACGCGGCAACGGUCCUAUUUCCAGCUUGGCCAACGGCCUUAAGAGCGUCGGUGUUAACCUCGAUGUCGAGGACUACAAGGAGCACGCCAUCGGUGCUGGUCGCGACGUCAAGGCCGCCACGUACAUUGAGUGCACUGCCACGGGCACCAAGCAAAAGUACUGGGGUAUCGGCAUUCAUGAGGAUGUGGUUCAGAGUUCUCUGAUUGCUCUCCUGAGUGCUGCCAGCAACUUUGUUGGUAGCCGCCCCGGUAGCCCCAUCCUUGCCAAGCCUAUCCCGACCAGAUCUCUUAGUCAAGAGCUGGACCUCGGAGCGAACGGAACCAACGGUGCGCCUCAAGAGACGCCGAGCGUUAUCUCGGUUCUCGAGGAGAAGGCGAACGGCAUGUAA